CGGAAGUCGCCUGACGCCACUUCCUACUCCGCCGGCCGUGGUGCUGGUCGACCGCUCCUGAGGGCCCGGAGCCAUGAAGGCCAUCAUCCAGCGCGUCACCCGGGCCAGCGUGACAGUUGGUGGGGAGCAAAUAAGCUCCAUUGGACAAGGCAUUUGUGUCCUGCUGGGUAUCUCAGUGGAAGACACUCAGAAAGAGCUUGAGCACAUGGUUAGAAAGAUUUUAAACCUACGUGUGUUUGAAGAUGAAAGUGGCAAACACUGGUCUAAAAGUGUAAUGGACAAGCAGUAUGAAGUGCUCUGUGUCAGCCAGUUUACUCUUCAGUGUAUCCUGAAAGGAAACAAGCCAGACUAUCACAUGGCAAUGCCUACAGAUCAAGCAGAGUCUUUCUAUAACAGUUUCCUAGAACACCUUCGCAAAUCAUACAAGCCAGAGCUCAUUAAAGAUGGCAAAUUUGGUGAAUAUAUGCAGGUACAUAUUCAGAACGAUGGACCUGUCACUAUAGAACUGGAGUCUCCUGCCCCUCCCAUUGACCCUAAGCAGCUGGCAAAACUUGAGAAACAGCAGCAGAGGAAAGAGAAGACCCGGAUGAAGGCACCCUCUGAAUCAAGCAGAGAGAGAAAUGUUCCUAGAAGUAAAAAUGAUCCUAGUGCAAGCAGUGGGGCUGAGGGGGAUGUGUCUUCGGAAAGGGAACCAUAACUUAUGAAAAGCAGGUUCAGAAAAAACUCCAUCAGAAGCUUCUGGUGACCUUUUCUAUUCAUUAGCUGACAGCACUCAAUUCCUACAUGAACAAAUUGGGACAGAAAGAACAUUUGGAACAGAACUGAGAAGUAAGAUGUUAUGGACCUCCACCAUAUUGCAUUCAGGAACAACCAAAGGGAUGUUACCUGUCUCCAUUGUAAAAUGCUUAAAAGUGGGGGUAACAGAGGACAUUUUUCUUGUUUUCUGGUUCUUAUGUUGUUGUUACUGAAGUGUGCCUGCCAUAUCUGUCUGGUUGGUUCCCAUGUAAAUGGGAAGUGAUCAGAUAUUCCACAUGGUUCUUGGCACACAUCUACAAAUGCUUUUGUCAUAGCAAGUGUCUUUAGCUACUUCUUGGAGUCCGAUCCUCAGUGAAUAUGGCAAGCCCACUUGUAGUAGGGGAGGGGGAGUUGGAGGAUUGGGGGCAGAGGACGACCCUGCAGCUGUCCUGUGUACUGGAUAGGCUCCUAGCACAUUGGAAAAAUAGCUUCCCUGCCCCCAAUCUCAAUUAUUGGAGGGAGCCUGGGGCUCUUCAGUGUUGCGCUGCUGCUCUUUUGGAGCCACACUUAGUGUGGCCUUCUCCAGGCCACUUCUUGAACUUGGAACUGGGGAAGGGAACAGGGGCUUGUCUGUAACCUCAUGUUGAGCUCCAGAGGCACUUGGAACACCUUCCCAACUCAGCAUGAUGUUAGAGCCAUCUGACAUUAUUCUGGUGGUGUGGGUAGUAGGCUCCUUUCCAUAUCACCAGGAACGAUGGGAAGAUGCAGGCCAUGCAGAAGGGGCCUCCACUGCAACUCCUCCCAACCCCUUCCAGAAACCGGAACAAUGUUGUUUUGGAGAGGGCCUGCAGCACAGGCUCCUCUUCUGUGGCACAAGGUUUUUCCUGCUGCCUUGGUGAUAGAGGAAGGAACUCUCCGCAGCAGCUCUUUCAUCAGCAUGUAAGAAGAGGGCCACUGUUACUGAAUGAGGAAUGGUGGGGGUUUUUUCUGUGCAGGUUGCAGCAGUCCUGCUUGUAUGAGCUAUUGAUCAUAUGCUUCGUUUUUAUAAAAUCAAGAGUUUUUUCCUUACAUUUUCACUUUGAAUCUAAAGAGCAAGCUUAUAUUUUGAUUCUGUUGGUGUGAUGUCACUAGUGUCUCUUUUCAGAGCCCUGUAUAUGCCUAUUGCAUUGUCUAUGUGUGUCUGGCAGUACAAUUUGUGGGAAAUAAUUGAAUUUAAAUGAGACUGAUCUGCCUGUUAUUUAUUUAUUUAUUGUGAACAGUGUAUGCCUCUGUGUGUGUGUCUUUUAAACUUUUUGACAGAGAGAAAAACUUUAAUAAAGUGUGCCUCCUGAG